ACUCUGGAGUGAAACACCACAACGCAAAAGCGCAAAGGGCAUUUUAUAUAUAUGUGGUUGAGAAUUUUUAUAUGCACAGGUUAUACUGUAUGGUUUAUCAUAGUUCUUAUGAGUGUGUUUAUGGGGUGUUAAGCCUGCAAGGUCGACAACUCAAGAAUGGAAGACCACAAUGCAAGAGUGCGAAGGGCGGGGGUGCAUUAAGACCAUUGCAUGUGUGAAGGCUAAGUUAUUUUUUAGGUACCGGUACCGGAAUUUGAAGGUAAAAACAGUAAAAUAUCAGUGCCGAACCGAAAGUAUCGGCAUCAAAAUAAUUCGGUAAGGGAAAUUCGGUACCAGUAUCGCCGUAUAGCCCUGUUUAGAAGGUAAAGACCCUACCUAAUGUUAGAUUAUCCAGGACGGUCUCAAUGUUCUGAAUCACUUCCCAGUUUCAUUCCAACCCAAAAGAAGAUUAUAAGCUCUUCGUCGUCCGCAACUGCUACAUAGUUUAUCAGUUAAAUCGAAGCUGAAAGCUAUGAUUUACGGCCAAAAUUUUCUCGGAACUUGGCCUGGGUCUCUUGAAGUGAAACGAGAAGGCUGCACUGGGACUGAAAAGUGGGCCUAGGCUCGCGCCUGGGUGAGCCUUGACAACAGAGUCUGUUCCUGGUAGCUGCUUAAGUAUCUUCUAAAAAGAGAAAAGAAAUUAAUCCUCAACCUGCAAAUAGAUUUAUAGCAAGCAUGCAGUGUUUAAGUGAAAGAUGCUUGGCACGUGCAAAUAUCUUGCAAGCUGCACGAGGAUAUAGGCAUGUUUUGGGUAGAAAAAUGAGGUUUAAUGGUCUUCUAUUAUGCAAUAUAUCAAAAUAUAUCUCUCCAUCUAAACAUAGAUUAACAAAGAAUGUGUUUAACAUAGUAGAUAGUUAUGGCAGAUCAAGCAGGUGGAACCGACGGAAACUGUUCACAAAGGUAUCCCCUGCUAUGUGUCAUGACGGUUUUGACGAACAACUUGAUCAAGAAAAAUAUUAUUUUGAUGCAUCGUUAGUUCGGAAUCAGUUUCCUUCUAUCAUAUUAGGGCAAUCUAGUCCAGUAGAGUUAUACGACGGAAUUUCAGAUGACCCCGACACCGAUAGCAUUUUGACCUCAGAUAGUUCUAUGGGUUCAACAGUGGUGGACCCCAGUAUGUUGUUUGACUCAUUGGGUUCCGUAGCUCACGAGUUUAACAGUUUUUCUUCCUACGAGAUUGAAAGUAUAUCAGAUCAAGGUAGUCCGGGUCCAACAACCUCUCCAUCCGUUACCCAAAAUGGGAAAUCAUUCACUAAACAAAAUAAAGAGAAAUCGGAUCCUCAAUGUGUUGUUGAUGAUCCUACUGCACCAUUUGAAUUGGUUCUUGAUAAACCGAUCAGUUGUGUGCCUGCAAUAAGCAAGAAGAAAUGCAGUCAGUUGGAAAGCUGUGGUUUUCAUACGAUACGAAAGUUGUUGGGUCAUUUCCCUCGGACAUACGCUGAUCUACAAAAUGCACAAAUUACGAUCAAUGAUGGGCAGUACUUGAUAUUUAUCGGAAAAGUUAUAUCAUCCAGGGGAAUCAAGGCAAGUUGUUCGCUAUCAUUUCUUGAGGUGAUCGUUGGUUGUGAGGUUGCUGAAAGUGGUUCAGCUUCUGCCUGUACAGUUUCCGAAAAGAAUAAUGGAAGCAAGAGAACAAUAUUUUUGCACUUGAAGAAAUUUUUCCGUGGGACACGAUUUACGUAUCAACCUUUUUUGUAUAGUCUUCAAGAGAAGCAGAAAGCCGGAGACAUUGUUUGUGUCAGUGGUAAGGUGAGGAGUAUGCGUACCAAAGAUCAUUACGAAAUUAGGGAAUAUAGUCUUGAUAUAAUACGAGAUGACGACGAUGAAUCUGCAUGUGCUGAAGGGAGGCCGUAUCCGAUAUAUCCUUCGAAAGGCGGUCUAAAUCCAAAGUUACUUGGUGACAUUAUCGCAAGUGUUCUAGAUGCAUUGCCGCCUGACAUAGAUCCUAUUCCGAAGAAUAUUCUUCAUAUGUUUGGACUGAAGAGCCUUCGUGAUGCGUAUAUUGGGAUUCACCAACCAACAAAUUUUAACGAGGCUGAUUUAGCUCGCAAAAGGAUUAUAUUUGAUGAGUUCUUUUACCUGCAGUUGGGCCGUUUGUUUCAAAUGCUCGAAGGAGUUGGUACGAGGAUCGAGAAGGAUGGAUUGUUAGACAAGUACAGAAACCCCGUAACAAACGCGGUAGUUGCUGAAGAAUGGUGCCCUCUAACCAAACAGUUCCUCAAGGCUCUACCGUAUUCGUUAACGUCUAGUCAAUUAAGCGCUGUUUCGGAAAUCAUUUGGGAUUUAAAACGCCAAGUGCCAAUGAACCGACUUUUGCAGGGAGAUGUGGGAUGCGGGAAAACCGUGGUAGCUUUCUUGGCGUGCAUGGAGGUUAUCGGUUCAGGAUAUCAGGCGGCUUUCAUGGUUCCAACUGAGUUACUUGCGAUCCAACACCACGAUCUCCUCCUUAAUUUGCUGGAGAAUGUGGAAGAUGUACCUUGCAAACCAUCCGUCGCUUUGCUAACGGGCUCAACUCCAGCCAAAAAGGCCCGUCUAAUCCGUGAGGGUCUCCAAAGUGGCGAAAUUGCAAUGGUGAUUGGGACCCACAGUUUAAUCGCUGAUAAGGUGGAAUUCUCGUCUCUAAGAAUUGCUGUGAUAGACGAGCAGCAUAGAUUUGGUGUGAUCCAGAGAGGUCGAUUUAACAGCAAGCUAUACUGUAACUCAUUAACUUCCAGAUUGGUUGAAAAUACUUCAAAUGGCAACGCAAAAGGUGAAAUAAGUAUGGCCCCACAUGUUCUUGCUAUGACUGCGACCCCGAUCCCGAGGACUCUUGCUUUAGCUUUGUACGGAGAUAUGUCUCUCACACAAAUAACUGAUUUACCUCCUGGGAGAAAAUCUAUUGAUACAUUUGCGGUUGAAGGAAAUGAGACGGGUUUCGAAAAAGUGUAUCAGAUGAUGAGGGAAGAAUUAGAUUCAGGAGGGAGAGUGUAUAUAGUUUACCCGAUUAUCGACCAAUCAGAACAACUUCCGCAGCUUCGUGGUGCAUCGGCUGACCUGGAAGUAAUAUCAAACAGAUUCGAAGGGAUCAGUUGCGGGUUGUUACACGGGAGAAUGAAAAGCGAUGAAAAAGACGAAGCUUUGAGACGGUUUAGAUCAGGAGAGACGCAAAUAUUGCUUUCCACUCAAGUCAUCGAGAUCGGUGUGGAUGUUCCAGAAGCUUCUAUGAUGAUCGUGAUGAACGCUGAGAGAUUUGGGAUAGCUCAACUGCACCAACUUAGGGGACGAGUUGGGCGUGGGGCCCGUAAGUCGAAGUGUGUACUUUUGUCGUCAACAGCCAGUGGUCUGCCUAGAUUGGAGGUGCUUGCGAAAUCGUCAGAUGGUUUCCACCUGGCGAACAUGGACCUUCUUUCACGGGGCCCUGGUGACUUGCUUGGAAGGAAGCAGUCGGGACAUCUUCCUGAGUUUCCGGUUGCUAGAUUGGAAAUUGACGGAAAUAUCCUUCAAGAAGCACACCUAGCUGCACUGACAAUUUUGAGCGAGUCACAUAAUUUGGAGGAAUUCCCGGCACUUAAAGCCGAGCUCAGCAUGAGACAACCGCUCUCCUUUUUAGGUGAUUAAAUUCCGGUUCCAAAGGCUUGUAAAUAGUAUUGAAGCUGUUUCCGCGAUGUGGCAAGUGAUUCCAUGCAGUUAAUAUUUUUGAUACGGGGAGACUAUAUGUUACCUAGACAUUUGAUGCUUAAUUGAAAGCUUGUGGUUCAAAAGUUUGGUGAUUUUCUCAAUCCAUUUUGUUCUAUUCGCCUUUUCAAUGUAAAAUGUUGUUAGAUUUUAAGUUAUAAUCCAAGUUAUGUUUGCAUUGAUUAACGUUCUUUUUUC